UUUCUUUUUUAAACUGUCAGAGGUCUAUAUAGAAACUCUCAAUCCCAUAAACGAAACAGUCCAAAGAUAUACAAUUUCAAUUCGAAAUAUUUUAUCCAGUUUAGAUAAUAUGCAUAUUACACAAAUAAGAAAUAUGUAUAUAGUAGAGUAAGAUAAGAAAAAAAAAUAAUAAUAAAUAAAACGUAUAUAUUUCAGUCAGAAAAACCCACAUGCAGAGUAAUCUGUAGGAGAAGAGAACAGGUGGAGUUUUUCAAAACAAGAUUAGCUGUUAUACUCUGGUGGUGAUCUGCAUGAAAAAAUGGAAGGGGGCGCCCACGGUACCGAUAGGACUGAGUUCACAGAGUGCUGGCGUACAACAUGGAGAACUCCAUACAUCAUGCGGCUUGCACUCUCUGCUGGAAUUGGGGGCCUACUUUUCGGAUAUGACACUGGUGUAAUUUCUGGUGCCCUUCUUUACAUUCGUGACGAUUUCAGACAAGUUGAUAAGAAAACAUGGCUACAGGAAACCAUUGUGAGUAUGGCUGUUGCAGGUGCUAUCAUUGGUGCUGCAUUUGGUGGAUGGAUGAACGACGCCAUUGGCCGGAAAAAAUCAAUCUUAGCCGCAGAUGUAGUGUUCUUUUUUGGUGCAAUAGUUAUGGCAAUAGCUCCAGCUCCCUGGGUAAUUAUAAUAGGAAGAAUAUUGGUUGGUUUAGGAGUAGGAAUGGCUUCCAUGACAUCACCCCUUUAUAUUUCAGAAGCUUCUCCUGCUAGAAUUAGAGGAGCCCUUGUUAGUACCAACGGUUUUCUAAUUACAGGAGGACAAUUUUUGUCGUACCUCAUCAAUCUGGCUUUCACCAAGGCUAAAGGAACCUGGCGUUGGAUGCUUGGGGUAGCAGGACUCCCAGCUCUGGUUCAGUUCAUAUUGAUGUUGUCACUUCCUGAGUCUCCUAGAUGGCUUUACAGAAAGGACAAGGUAGAAGAGGCAAGGGCCAUAUUGCAGAAAAUUUAUCCGGCCAACCAAGUAGAAAACGAAAUGGAAGCCUUGCGUACGUCUAUCGAAGCUGAGAAAGCUGAGGAAGGAAUUAUUGGGGAGGGAUUCAUAGUGAAAUUGAAGGGCGCUUUCAGCAACACAGUGGUCCGAAGAGGACUCUAUGCAGGCAUCACCGUUCAAGUGGCGCAGCAAUUCGUUGGUAUAAAUACUGUCAUGUAUUAUAGUCCAACAAUUGUUCAAUUUGCUGGUUUUGCUUCCAACCAGACGGCUCUUGCACUUUCACUCAUCACUUCUGGUCUCAAUUGUGUUGGAACUGUAAUUAGUAUGUGCUUUAUUGAUAGAUAUGGAAGGAGAAGGCUAAUGAUUAUUUCUAUGUUUGGAAUCAUUAUUUGCCUUGUGGCUUUAGCUGCUGUGUUCUUUCAGGCCGCUUCUAAUUCUCCUGCUAUUAGUAGCUACGAGUCCACUCAUUUCGGUAACAACUCCACAUGUUCCGCUUAUAUCUCGGCCCCAAAUCCUUCCUCAUGGGACUGCAUGAAGUGUUUGAAAGCUGAAUGCGCCUUCUGUGCUCAUAAAGCAAGCAAACAUCAACCAGGAGCUUGCUUAGCUUCAGAAAAUCACAUCAGAGACUUGUGCAGGGGAGAACAUCGAGUAUGGUAUGCACAAGGAUGUCCAAGCAAGGUUGGAUUCUUGGCAGUUAUCUUGCUUGGUCUCUACAUUAUUUGUUAUGCCCCUGGAAUAGGAACUGUGCCUUGGAUUGUGAACUCGGAGAUAUAUCCACUGAGAUAUAGAGGUACAGGUGGAGGAAUAGCUGCAGUUUCUAACUGGACUGCAAAUCUUCUAGUGAGUGAGACCUUCUUGACUCUGACUAAAGCUCUAGGCUCUGCCGGCACGUUUCUCCUCUUCGCCGGAUUUUCUGUCAUCGGACUUACAGCCAUUUACUUCCUUGUGCCUGAAACCAAAGGGAUGCCAUUCGAGCAGGUCGAAAAGAUGCUUGAGAAAGGCUACAGACCUAAAGCAUUUCGUCACAAGGAUAAGGAUGUGCGAGAAGGCAAGAAUGUAGAAUUACAAAACACUCAUUAAUCCGAGUGUUGUUUAUGGACAACGUAUAUUCCUUUAUAAUAAAAAUCUUACAUUGAUCAGUAUUUUUGUUGGGUUUGUUUGUGUAGUUUUUAGCAACAGUAUAGUAUGGUUCAAAAUAUAUUGAUAAAAACAUUAGAGAAUGGCAAUGCUGGUUUAGUUCAGGGUGUGUUACUUUUUUUGUUGGAUAUUAUAACUAUAUAUUAAAGGAGCUUCAUAUGUAUUUAUUUUAUGGUUAUAUUUCUUUAUACGUUUGCUUACCGUUUGGCUAAGAAUUGGUCCCAUAUGACGAAGAUCUUAGGACAACAGAACGACUAAUGAGCCAAAAUUUGAAGGUCCUCUAUUUCAAAUGUAAACAAUCUAAAAAUUAAAUCAAAUCAAGCAGUGACAGGGUGUUACAUAUUUACAAUCCAAACUCUUGGUCCUAGUACAGCUUUAUAUAAAUCACUAUAUUGACUGUGGCCAAAUUUCCCUGCCAGAUUAUAAGUGAAUAAUAUAUAUGUACAUAUAUCUAUACACAUUUUGUAGAUUCAUGGAUUCUAUCAAUGGUUGGUCCUAGAUAUUACAGAGGAACAUAUCAGGGAAACUUAAAAACUCAGCAAUAUAGAACCUUUUUUCUAUGUUUUUUGUAAUAAUAUAGAACUAUUCCUGAGAAGGAAAAAACUGAAUAAUAUUUGACCAUACAAACCUAUGAUUAGCCGUAAUUGUCAAGAAGAAUCGGUUGAAAAAUCUCAUCAUGCCAGGAUUUUCACUUGUUAAGUGAUGAGUAUUGGAAUGGCAAUUGGGACCGGACAUUGAUGGUACACAGUCCAUAGAACGAAAAUGACACAUACCCUCAAGAUCCAUCCACACGUUUUACAUCUUCAAUUGAAAGAAAGAGGCAGCUCAUAUCAACUUUUCAUCUUGGAUUAUGUACUUUUGGUAAGCAUUAUGCAGGUCAAAGUGCCCAAUUAAAAGAAAGGAAGUUUCUUUUCGUCCAAACAUACCACGGCCGUGGUCAAACUCCCUUCUGCUAGUGACCUUGUUGAAACUAUAUUUCAAAUUUACUCCUCCUCCAGCUUAAUAUGUACCUUUUUUUUUCCCCUUCUCUAUGUUCUUUUGUGUGUAAAAAACUCACCCAUGUAGAUAAAUGUGUGGUUAAAAAAAAAAAAAAAAAAGAAAAAAGUUGAGCCUGCCUUGAUUCCUACUUUUUUGGCUUGGGCAUCCAGAUUUGAUGUACAAACACUCAAAACACACAUAAAAAAAUAAAAAAUAAAAAAUAAAAUAAAAGAAAGAAGUUAUUAUUAUCGAAGAGCACCGACACGUUAUUAUCAUAUAUACCAAAACAAAUUGAAAAAAGCUCCAGACUCAUUUUAGUUUCUGAAAUUAUUAUUAAUUUUGAGAAAAUGCAACCACUGAAACAAACAGCGGGACAAAACAAACCUGCAGUGCCAGCUAAUGCAUGAUGAGAAACGACAAAGGAAAGAAAAAGAAACAUACUGCUCGAAAAUUUUCGAAAUCUCUUGUGGGGUUGGAUUGGUUGUUGAGAUUGGGCAGAUUCAAAUUUAUGUGCUAAUAUUUAUAAAUUAUACGCAUUAUACACGCAUCUACAACAGGUGGUGAAUGGUAGCACAAAUCAAAUGGCCUACUUUGCAUCCAAGACGAGCAGGUUUUAAGGGGACCUGUCUACCAUUACAUCACAUUUUCUCACCAAAUAAUUAUUGUACUCGGGUCGGGAUCUCUCAACCUGCGUUUUCUAUUCUUCAACAAUGUUUCAAAGACCUCUUUGGCAGCCCAGAGCCACAAAGGAAAAAUAAAGUUUUUUUUUUUUUUUUUUUAUCCCCCCCCCCCCCUCCCUCUCUCUUCUCUUUAUGUCAUGUUAAUUAAAGUUAAAAUCUUUGUACAGCAAAUACGUUUGGUUUCUCACUUCGGCCUGGAUGCCAGGCAAAGCAUAAAGUUUGAUUUCCACGUUAUUAGGCAUAAAGAUGGGGGUUCUCUAGAUUUUGAUAGAUUAGCGGUCAAGAUCACCCACCUACAAGUUGGGUCUAGAUUCCAAAUUUUAGUGCCCACAAAGGAAUCAAAAGGAUUGGGAAAAAUGGUUCUUAUUCUUUCCAAAAUAUCAAGCAUAUAUACCAUGUAAUAAAUCCAUUCACAAUACACAAACAGAAACAAUAUUCCAAACAAUUCACACCCUAUCUAAUAUACAUAUAUUAAUCAUCAAUGUGUAAUAACCAGAUGAUCGGUAAACCUUCCAACAAAAAAUUUGGGUCACCCGAAACAAAACACAAGAACCCAAAUUUCCAUCAACCCAAAAACCCACAAGGCAAACAGGUAUUCCAGCUCUAGGAAAAAGGAAAAUUGACAACAAAAGUCAAUGGAAAAAGGAAAAAAAUAAUACCCAAAACCUAAUUAAAAAUCAAUACAUCUAGAAGUCAGCUUCUUUUUUUUUUCUUUUUUUUUUUUUUUUUUAUAAA